AUGUUUAACCUCACGUUAGGCUUUUUCGACCUUGUUGAUGAGGGCGGAAAGAAAUACGCUCCUCAUUUGGUCGACACCGUCCGACCUGAGCAUGAGGAUGUGUAUGAAGAAGAGCUCUCGCCUAAAGCCAAGGGUAACGCUCCUACCGAGUCGUAUGCCAAUGGGUCGCCUGUGAAAAACAAGACGGCCGGUGGCAAGGUUCUUCACCACAAGACUCGCAAUACUGCGCAAGAAGAAGUCCUUCCCAAUUUCAACAGGGAUGUGCGCACCUUCCCUGUAUUGAGGUAA